UCGCCCGAGCCCUGAUUCACGUCCCCUGGCGCGCUGGUGCUUUCUGGACUCGUGCGGCAACAGAUCAUCGGUUACAAGCACGAGAUGUCUCCUUUACAUGCAACCAUAUAGCGGCUAAUUCGGGUUUAAACACCCGGACUCGCGAAGAACAGCGACUCUGCACCAUCCGGGAGCUUCAUCUGGUCCGACUGAAGUCAAUCCAGCCUGCUUGGUGUAUUACACGGAUCAGUUCGGCGUCUGUAUUCAUGUUAUUUCGGGCAUUAUAUUGUUGAAUAUAACAGAUAAUCAUGGCGAGUGACUCUCCUGCGAGGAGUCUGGAUGAGAUCGACCUGUCUGCUCUGCGGGACCCUGCGGGCAUAUUUGAGCUGGUGGAGCUUGUGGGAAAUGGGACCUACGGACAAGUAUAUAAGGGACGUCAUGUCAAGACUGGCCAGCUCGCUGCAAUCAAGGUCAUGGAUGUCACAGGGGAUGAGGAGGAGGAGAUUAAAGCUGAGAUCAACAUGCUGAAAAAAUACUCCCACCAUCGAAACAUCGCCACCUACUAUGGUGCCUUCAUCAAGAAGAACCCACCUGGCGUGGAUGACCAGCUCUGGUUGGUGAUGGAGUUUUGUGGUGCUGGUUCAGUGACAGACCUGAUAAAGAACACCAAAGGAAACUCUCUGAAGGAGGAGUGGACAGCCUACAUCUGCAGAGAGAUCCUCAGGGGUCUGACCCACUUGCAUCAACAUAAGGUCAUUCAUCGUGAUAUCAAAGGUCAGAACGUUUUGCUCACAGAAAAUGCGGAAGUCAAGCUAGUUGAUUUUGGUGUGAGUGCACAGUUGGACCGUACCGUCGGUAGGAGGAACACUUUUAUUGGCACGCCAUAUUGGAUGGCUCCAGAGGUCAUAGCUUGUGAUGAGAACCCAGACGCCACAUAUGACUUCAAGAGUGAUCUGUGGUCGCUGGGAAUUACAGCUAUUGAAAUGGCAGAAGGAGCCCCUCCGCUGUGCGAUAUGCAUCCCAUGCGAGCACUUUUCCUCAUACCCAGAAACCCAGCGCCCCGUCUCAAGUCCAAGAAGUGGUCUAAAAAGUUCCAGUCAUUCAUUGAGAGCUGUUUAGUGAAGAAUCACAACCAGAGACCCAGUACUGAGCAGCUCGUCAAGCAUCCCUUCAUCAAAGACCUUCCCAACGAGAGACAGGUCCGAAUCCAGCUCAAAGACCACAUUGAUCGGACCAAGAAGAAGAGAGGAGAGAGGGACGAGACGGAAUAUGAGUACAGUGGAAGUGAAGAGGAGGAGGAAGAGCGAGACAUAGGAGAGCCGAGCUCCAUCAUAAACAUCCCUGGGGAAUCGACCCUGAGGCGGGACUUCCUGCGUCUGCAGUUGGCCAAUAAGGAGCGCUCCGAAGCCCUGAGGAGACAACAGCUAGAACAGCAACAGAAUGAGGAACACAAGCGCCAACUACUGGCAGAGAGGCAGAAACGCAUCGAGGAACAGAAGGAGCAAAGGAGGAGACUAGAGGAGCAACAGCGACGGGAGAGAGAGCUCCGGAAACAGCAGGAGAGAGAGCAGAGGAGGCGUUAUGAGGAGAUGGAGCAGCUCCGGAGAGAGGAGGAGAGGAGGCAUGCUGAGAGGGAGCAGGAGUAUAUCCGCCGGCAGUUAGAAGAAGAACAAAGGCAGCUGGAGAUUCUUCAACAGCAGCUUCUCCAAGAACAAGCUCUUCUCCUGGAAUACAAACGGAAGCAGCUGGAGGAGCAGAGACAGGCUGAGCGGUUACAGCGGCAGCUGCAGCAGGAAAGGGCCUACCUGGUUUCACUGCAGCAACAGCAACAAGAGCCACGACCUGCAGACAAAAAACAGCUAUACCACUACAAAGACUCCGUCAACCCCAGUGACAAACCGGCCUGGGCCAAAGAGGUGAUGGAGAGAGCUCAGAGUAACUCUCCUCGAAUCCCUCCCAAGAAGCACCAUUCGUUUAACAGUCCUGGAGAAAAACGUGUUGGCCAACUCCUCCCUCUUGACAAGAGCUCCUCUAAUCAGCCCACGAGGCCCCCCUCCUACCCAGCAGCCUCCCACUCAAGAGAGAUGGAGCUGGCCGAGCCUCAGCUCAGAAUAACCAGUGGGCCAAAUGUUCCUAGAAUCCGUGUGUCUUGCGAGCCAGAUCCAUCCCAGCUGGUCAGGAUGGUCCAGCAACAUCUUGAGCAAGAGUCCCGGGGCCGCAGUCCCGGACACUCCAGCAAAGGGGCUGAUACUGAGAGAGACUUAUACGUCUCAAAGGUUGAGGAACGCUCCAAGCUGAACCGCCAGAGCUCUCCGGCUCUCCAGCACAAAGUGGCCAAUCGUAUUUCCGAUCCCUCCCUGCCUCCCCGCUCAGAGUCCUUCAGCAGUGGAGGCAUACAGCAGGCCCGGACACCUCCCAUGCACCGCCCGGUAGAGCCUCAGAUGGCGCACCUGGUCUCUGUGACGUCCCAUGGCUCUUCCAUGACAGGAUCCCAGUCGCUGCAUGAUCAGUCCUCUCAGGGCGUCUCAGCCUUCCAAGAGGGUGUGUCACCUCACAGACCUCCGAUGCCUCGGCAGAACUCUGACCCCACAUCAGAAACCCCGGCCCCACCACCUCGCAUCACCAGCCGAGACGACAAGUUUGACCGCAGCUCUUGGCUGAGACAGGAAGAUGAUGUCCCUCCAAAGGUGCCCCAAAGGACCACUUCCAUAUCCCCUGCACUGGUGAGAAAAAAUUCUCCAGGGAAUGGACCGGGUGGACUGGGACCAAGAACCGGAGCACAUCUGUUCCGAGCCAGUAACCCAGACCUGCGGAUUCCCAUGGAGUCGGCUCUCCAGAGAACCAGCAGUGGGAGUUCUUCCAGUUCUAGCACGCCCAGCUCUCAGGCCGGCUCCAGCGAAAGAAAUAGUGUGGGAGGCUCCAGUAAACCUGAGGGAUCCCCAGCAGUGUCCCAAGAAUCCAAGCCCAAAACCCAGGAGGAGAACAGAGAGGUGACCAGACCUAGCAGACCAGCGAGUUAUAAGAAAGCCGUAGAUGAGGAGGAGCUGGACCUCACUGCUCUGGCCAAAGAACUCCGUGAGCUGCGAACCAAUGAGGAAUCCAACCGGCCUCCCAGGAAAGUGACUGAUUAUUCCUCAUCCAGUGAGGAAUCAGAAAGCAGUGAGGAGGAGGAUGGAGAAGGCGGGGCUCAUGAUGGAACGGUGCCCGUUAGUGAUAUUCCACGCAUCAUGCCUUCUGCUGGCCAGGGUGGCACUGACUCACUGGCCAACCAGGAGGAUUCUCAUGCCAAUGAUUCAUUUGGCAAAAAUUCACAAGACAGCACCCUGAUGAUGCGGGAGCUCGCUGCACACUUGCUGACAGAGGCACCCUCUACGUUUGGGGAAAGAAAGCUCGGUCAUGCCGAGAGCAAUGGUUUCCCCGGUAACUCCAAUCUGCCUGAUCUAGUGCAGCAAAGCCACUCGCCUGGCGAGGGCCCUGGGCGGCUUUCUAGUGGGCUGGACCUGGACUCUGUGGCUGAAUUUGGGAUGGGGAGCGGAUCCAAAGCCUCCUUCACUCCUUUUGUGGAUCCACGAGUGUAUCAGACCUCCCCCACAGAGGACGACGAGGACAACCCUGCCUUAGAUGAACACCUACGGCAGGAGCAGGAACAGGAACAAGCUCGACUAAAUGAGGCUAGGAAAAUAUCUGUUGUGAAUGUCAAUCCCACCAAUAUCCGGCCACACAGCGACACACCAGAAAUCCGCAAGUACAAGAAGCGCUUCAACUCUGAGAUCCUGUGUGCGGCACUAUGGGGAGUGAAUCUGUUGGUAGGAACAGAAAAUGGACUCAUGCUACUAGAUCGCAGUGGUCAGGGCAAAGUCUACAAUCUGAUCAACCGCAGGCGCUUUCAGCAGAUGGAAGUUCUGGAGGGACUCAAUGUCCUGGUCACCAUAUCAGGCAAAAAGAAUAAACUGAGGGUCUACUAUCUGUCAUGGCUUAGAAACAGGAUACUUCACAAUGACCCUGAGGUAGAAAAAAAACAAGGGUGGAUUACAGUUGGUGACCUGGAGGGUUGUGUCCAUUAUAAAGUCGUCAAAUAUGAGAGGAUUAAGUUCUUGGUGAUUGCAUUGAAGAAUUCAGUGGAGAUUUAUGCCUGGGCUCCCAAACCCUACCACAAAUUCAUGGCUUUCAAGUCUUUCACAGAUCUUCAGCACAAGCCUCUGCUCGUGGACCUGACGGUGGAGGAGGGUCAGAGGUUAAAGGUUAUCUAUGGCUCCAGCGUUGGUUUUCACGUGAUAGAUGUCGACUCUGGGAAUCCGUACGAUAUCUACAUUCCGUCCCACAUUCAGGGCAGUGUUACCGCUCACGCCAUUGUGGUGCUUCCCAAGACCGACGGCAUGGAGAUGCUUCUGUGUUAUGAAGAUGAGGGAGUCUAUGUGAACACAUACGGCAGAAUCACUAAAGACGUGGUGCUCCAGUGGGGAGAGAUGCCCACCUCUGUUGCCUACAUCCACUCCAGCCAGAUCAUGGGCUGGGGAGAGAAAGCCAUUGAGAUCCGCUCCGUGGAAACGGGACACCUCGACGGAGUUUUCAUGCACAAGCGAGCACAGCGACUAAAGUUCCUUUCGGAGAGAAACGAUAAAGUGUUCUUUGCCUCAGUCAGAUCCGGAGGCAGCAGCCAAGUUUUCUUCAUGACCUUGAACAGAAACUCCAUGAUGAAUUGGUAAUUCAUCCCCGCCCAUCCCUGCAUUGUAUCUAUGGACCUAUUCUACUUUAUUGAAAAGUGUGAAAAAAGGAAAGACGGGAAAAUCCAGGUGCGCUGGAUAAUCUGGCAGACUGCAAAAAGACCAAACCUUGCUGGGACCUUCUCAAAAGAGUCAAAGACAAACCCAAAAUCCGCACGUCCCCACUAACCAAAAAAGGGGCGCCGGAGGAGAACAACUGGUCUGCAUUAUUUUUUAUGGCUCUUUCAUUAACAUGCGUGGGGUUCUGGUGUUUUUGUCGUUAAAAAUCUGUGUCUAGAUUCUUCUGGAGGUCAAGACUGGAAAUAUGGGGAAUAAGACCCACAGAGUAGAGUGAAUAUUUGUACUGUUAAGAUACUUUUUGACAAUUUAUCACGGUUGCGCUGAACGUCAGUAAACCUCCCUUGUGGGAUGAAUCCAUUGAGGCUGGUUUGUGUGAUCAACGUCAUUUCUUUUUUAUGUUUCAGCUUGGAAUGCACACAGAUGUUUGUGUCAUAUGGAUAUCACUCGAAUGUCUGAUAUUUAAGACUUGUCUGAUACUUCGCCACAUUACGUUGGAGCAGACACACUUUGGGCUGUCCACAGAAUGCCUUAAAUAUGAAUUCGCAAAGCUGCUCGUUUUUAUUUUUUAAGUCCAUGAUAUAUUGAUGUUUAUGCAUAUUUCUGUAAGGAAAGGAAAAUGCUACUUUUUUGGAUGGAAAUUGAUGCCUGCUGAUAUGGACGUAUAAUGGAAAUAUAUAUAUUAUCCUGAAUAUUCAUACUGUGCAUUCCUAGUUUUAGCCCAAAGCUCUAUAGUAUUCACAUUUGGAACCUGUGGUUUGGCACUGUUUUCCUUGUGCUCAGGGAGAUGGUGCUGUAGAUCAGACCUUUUUCCAUUCAUUUCCAUUGUCUUUACAACUUGUGUUACGGGUAUUUUGGCAAUUAAAGGGAUAGUUCACUCUAAAAUUAAAAUUAUUUUCUCAUAUACUCAUCCUCAUGAUGUUCCAAAACUGUAUGACUUUCAUUCCUCAGUUACACACAAAAAGAGACAUUUAGCAGAGUGUUCGAGCUGCUCUCUUCCAUACAAUGAGAGUAAAUGGUGACCAGAAGCUGUCAAGCUCCAAAACAUCAUAAAAGUAGUCAGUGUUGACUAUAUUUCUAGUUUCUGAAGAAUCCAUAUGAUGUUUGGUGUGAGGAACAGGCUCAAAAAAUCCUACUUGACAACUCUGGUCACAAAUAACAGCCUGGACAUUGACAAAAAAGUUGUAGACAAAAAAGACAAUAAGGCAAGUCAUUUUGGGGUGAAUUAUUCCUUUAACUGUUUUUACUGGCCCUAUGAGAACAUUUGAGGGUGAAGCUGGUCUGCAGAGAUGAUUCUUGAACGCUUUAUCACAGUGCUAAGAAACAGUCUGAAUACUUCAACUGAUUGGUAAAUACUACAGAGCUUUCUAUUGAAACAUAAAAAAGUAUGUUAAGAUUCUGUUUAGAGUAUCACAGUUUCUUUGUAAGAGUGUGUGUAUGUGAAUGAAUGAUGAAAUAUAAUGCUUUCCACCAAUGAUACAAAAAAGUAGAUAUGUUACCAUUAACAUACCAGCAAUCUCAGUUGUUUUCAUAUCAGGAGUAACACGUGUUAUUAGGAUGUACUGCAGUUUUGUAUUUUUUAGUUUGUUUUCUCUUGACUUUCAGUAAAGUGCAAUAAAGGCAAAGGGAAUUGAGCCUGGUGAGUCGAUUGUUCACCUCUCCUCGCCAACUGUUUCUAGAGGGACGUUCACGACCACCUUCUGUAAAUAUCCACUUCCGUUUUGGAAAAGAGUCCCGCCUCCGAAUCUAAUGCAUAGGAACUGUGAGGGUGUGACAGAAAUGUGCGAUGCUGUUUGUGGUUCUGUAAGAUCCACCUCCUCCUCUGUGUGAAUCACAUGAAUCAGUGAACGAAGGGUAGUGUUUUGUGAGUAGAGCUUCCUUUUAGGCUACCUCGUUUCUGUUCACCUGGACCGGUUCAGUUUUCUAUGUGGGUAAUGAUUAUUGAUGCCGUAAAUCAAACCUUUGUAAGUGACACAGUGGAGGGGUGUCAUUCCAUGUAGACUGAGAGGUGAUUUGAGUGUGGAGUGCCAGACAGAAAUAUUCACAAAUGGACGCUUUAAAAAUAAAUAAAUAAAUAAAUGAAAAAUCUUGGUGCAAUGUCUUGUAAAACAGCCAAAUCAAGCCUACACUUCAUAUUAGGGUGAUUCUUCAAUUAGGCCAACUUUUCAGUACCCAAGGAUGAUGUUAAAGGGAAAAUCUUAAUUUUUUUUUGUAAUUUUUUUUUUUUGUACAAUUUCAUUUUUAUAACUUUUUUAAAUCCAGUACUACGGUCAUCACCACCAUGCCAAGAAUCGUAUUUUAUCAAUUAAUUUAAAGAUUUUUACAUUAGAUUAUUGUAAUUUAUUUUAUUUUUUUUAGAACAAGCACACAACUUUAUUCCCAUUAUUUCAAAAUCUACUUGAAAGUUUCAAAAAUAUCGUAUAUAUAUUGUAAUUUAUAUUAAACAGUUCAAUGACGUUGCAUUUUUAGGAUUACACGUACUCAAAAAUGCCUCGAACUGCAGAAUCGCCCAUUAAUAGACCUGAAGGCCUUCCAAAUGAUGCGGAAGAGUGUGAAAUUCACCUGACACAACUAGGAUCUUUUGAGACUUCAUGUUUUUGUCCAUCAAACUGUGAACUGAGUGGAUGUGUGUGUGUGUGCAGGUGUGAAGUACUUAUUUGGUCUUCCCAUUAAUUUUAUCAACACAAUUGUGAGUUCGGUUGAUUUCUUCAUCUCUCAUGCACCACCUUUAGUGGUGGAAAGUCUUUUGAUGUGUGCUUGACCUAAUUUUCUUUCUUAAUAUGGACAUUAAUACUGUAAGUACAUCCUUUAUAUUCAGGCCGAGUGAGUUGUUGUUUUAUUUCUGUAUUUCUCUUAUUUUUCGUGUAUUAAACUUUGAGAUUUAUAGCACAA